AUGGUAGAAAAUUUCUCAAGAGGAAAGACAGUGAUGCUGCAGAAGCAGUUUGAUUUUGUUUGUGGAUUCGUUUUUUGUGGAUUCGUAGGACGAGCUUUGGAAGAACUCAGAAGCUCUCUAUACAAUGAGCUUAAAACAUCUGAAGGAGCUAAAAGGCAACAACAGAGAUUUUGUGGCCCUGUUGUUGCAAUGUCAUUCAAUUUCGUUGUUGCAGUUGGAAUCAUCCUUGCUAAUAAAUUGGUGAUGGGAAGAGUUGGUUUCAAUUUUCCAAUCUUUCUAACAUUGAUUCACUAUGCCGUUGCUUGGAUUCUUCUAGCUUUCUUCAAGUCUCUUUCAUUACUUCCAAUGUCUCCUCCUUCCAAGACAACACCUUUCUCUUCUCUUUUCUCUCUUGGAGCUGUCAUGGCUUUCGCUUCUGGCCUCGCCAAUACCAGUCUCAAACACAACAGCGUUGGAUUCUACCAGAUGGCUAAGAUCGCAGUGACACCAACGAUUGUCCUUGCAGAGUUUGUUCUCUUUAAGAAAACCAUUUCUUCCACAAAGGUCAUGGCAUUAGCGAUAGUAUCUCUAGGCGUUGCAAUUGCGACAGUAACCGAUCUAGAAUUCAAUUUGUUUGGCGCAUUGGUUGCUGUUGCUUGGAUUAUCCCAAGUGCAAUCAACAAAAUCCUCUGGUCUAAUCUUCAACAACAAGCUAAUUGGACUGCCCUAGCAUUAAUGUGGAAGACGACGCCAUUUACUGUCUUCUUCUUAUUGGCCCUCAUGCCAUGGCUUGACCCACCUGGAGUUUUACUGUUCAAAUGGGACUUGGGUAAUUCCUCUGCAAUCCUCGUAUCGGCGCUUCUCGGCUUUCUUCUCCAGUGGUCUGGUGCACUCGCUCUCGGGGCAACAUCGGCAACUUCUCAUGUAGUGUUAGGGCAAUUCAAGACAUGUGUGAUCUUGCUUGGAGGUUACGUUAUCUUCGGCUCCGAUCCUGGCUUCAUCAGCAUCUGCGGCGCGGUGGCGGCUCUCGCCGGCAUGUCUGUAUACACGUGGCUCAAUCUACCAGGGAAAUCCAUCGAUCACAGCUCGAGCAAGCAGCUUCCGAAGCAAAACACUGCCGUUUCAAAACCUAAAGCCGAAGCUGACGACGGAGUAGGAGAGACCGGAGUAGCUGAGCCACUUCUCUCGAAGACCACAAGUGCAAAUAUCGUAUAG